AUGUCGCGGGUAGGGACAUUUGUCAAAACCCUUUUUACGGAUAUCUGGCGGGUGCACUACCCAGAAUUCGAGAAGCCUGCGGGUUAUGGUCUGGAGAAUGAGAAGCCGAAGGCUCAACUUAUGCCCGAAUUGGAGGUCGAGCGCGAUGAGCGUGACCUUUCGGAAGACGAAGUGAAACAAGUCGGUGUCGUUAUUGCAGAGGCGACCUAUGCUGUGUCAGGAUAUACGUGGUACGGUAUUGCUAUAUUCCUGUGGAUUACCUAUUUCCUUUAUGCCCUGGAUAACCAAGUGAUUGCCAGUACGACACUGACAGUGACUGCGAGUAAAGAGUAUCUGCCUGAUGGCAGCUCAGUCAACUCAUCUACAGCGUACACUGUGCAAGCAUUGUUCACUGCUAUUGCCAAGCUAGUGGUUGCCAAAAUUGCUGAUAUUUUUGGACGUUUUACGGCGUUGUGCGUCACAGUGUUUUGCUACACGUUGGGCUUUUUGAUCAUGGCCGUCUCACAGAACAGCGCUGAUUAUACUGGUGGCGUUGUCUUUUACGGUAUCGGGAAUUCUGGCGUGCAGAUGGUCAUUUGGAUUGUGUUGGCCGAUUUCCUGUCUGCGCGCUACCGUAUGCUAGGCUACGGCCUUGUGUCGCUGCCCAUGUUUAUCGUUUUUGCGACAGGACCAAUGAUCCAGCAAUCGUUGACCAUUAAAAACUGGCGCUGGCUUCCUGGUAUGUUCUGCAUUAUGAUCCCGGUAGUCACAGGUUGCUUGAUGGCGAUGUUAUGGUACCUGGAAUUUAAGGCUCGUCGUACGGGUCUGGUACCGAAGCACCCAUAUCUCCGCAAGGGUAUUCAUUAUGCGUUGUGGAACCUGUUUCUUGACUCGGAUUUGAUUGGCUUGCUUUUGCUGGUGGGUGGUUUUGCCAUGAUUGUGGUGGCACUUAUUCGCGGAGGAAGUCAGUAUACGCCAUGGUCUACAGAUUGGGUCAUCGCGGUUCUUACAGUGGGGCCUAUCAUCUUGCUAUUUAUUCUACCCACAUAUGAAUACUUUAUUGCGCCACGACCUUUCUUCCGUCGCUCGUGGUUGAACAAGGAAGUAAUCAUUGCCAUGCUCCUGGCGUUCUUUGACAAUAUGGUGUUCGGUGCCAGUUUUCAAGUCAUCUUUAACUGGAUCAUCGUCACGUACGGCUUUGAUUCAACUGCAAAGGAGUCCAAAUACGUGACCUUCUCUGACACUCUUGCGCUCACUCUCUUUGGCGUUAUCGCAGGCUUGAUUAUUGCCUACACACGCCGCUACAAGUGGUUCCUGGUGGCUGGUACGGCGGUUCGUAUGAUUGGUUAUGGUCUUCAAAUUCGCUAUCGCCACCUCAAUUCGUCGAUUGUGCAGGUGGUCUGGGGUCAGAUUGUGCAGGGUAUUGGUGGUGCUUUCCUCGGUGAGAUCUUGACAUUGAUGUCACAGAUUACAGUGCGUCAUCAGGACCAAGCCAUGGUGACGUCGGUGAUCCUGACGCUGUUUUCUCUUGGUAACUCAGUCGGUACCGCUGUCUAUCAGGCUAUUCUCAACGAUGAGCUCCCGAAGAAGCUGGACCAGUACGCCCCGAUGCUUUCCGAGGCGCAAAAACAGGCGGUGGCACUGUCACCAACGUCGGCCUUUAUGCCUGCAAGUUCUUUCGGCUUGGGUUUGCAGCACGGCACGCCUGCAGGUGAUGCGGUCUCGACGGCGUACAACGAGGCCAGUGUGCACGUGGUGUACUUUGCCAUCGGUAUUUCGGCGUUCUUGUUCGUUCUGUCGUUCUUUGCGCAAGACUGGUACCUACCUCGCUCGAACAAUGUGGUGAGCGAUGAGCUGCCAGAGAAGAAUCCGUUCCGCAUGCAAUCUGACAGGACGUACGACGAGGCCAUUCAGGUGGCGGAGAAAGGGGGGCCGGCAAACGCGGCCCUGCCUGGCACCCAAGACGAGACUUUGCCGUCGAUGGGCUCGGACACGACGGCGACACACAUGGGUGGCUUGGCGCCGCCCAAGGGAGAGGGCGAGCCGGACAUGAUUCCUGUGGCCGCCCCUGGCGAAAAUACCGAGAAGGGCAACCACGUAAUGGCUUAA